AUAUAUUAGGGUUAAGGGUUAUGCUGUUGGUACAGAUCGAAAACAAUCACACUCACAAUCCUCUGAUCCUCUAGGUUUUUAUCAAGAUUAUCAAGAAUUCCCAAUGGCUCAAAACAAUUCUUUCGGUCUUGAUCAGGGCUCUCGCAAAAACCAGGUGGAUGUCUCAUUAACCUUGGCCAAGCACCUCCUGUUAAACUAUGGCAAAGACUCAAACCUCGUCUUCUCUCCGCUAUCCAUGCAAAUUGCUCUUAGCCUGCUUGCGGCUGGUUCCAGUGGCGAAACCAGAAACCAGCUUCUCUCUUUUCUUAAGGCUGAAAGUGUAGAUGAACUUAACACUGUCUAUGCGCUUCUUGUUGAUGUUGUCUUUGCUGAUGGUUCUUCUUCUGAUGGUCCUAAAGUGUCCUUAGUCAAUGGUGUUUGGCUUAACGAGUCCCUAUCGUUCAAGCCUUCGUUCCAGGAUGUUGCGACAACAAUGUACAAGGCGGCUUCUCAUCGUGUCGAUUUUCAGAACAAGGCUGAGGAGGUAAAAAACUUGGUGAAUUCUUGGGUCGAAAAGGAGACCCGUGGCCUUAUAAAGAAUAUUCUGAAUUCAGUAGAAACGUCAACUGAGCUGAUAUUAGUCAAUGCCCUGUAUUUCAAAGGAGAUUGGUUAAGCCCAUUCGACGGAGACGAUACAAGAAACUAUGACUUUUACCUCCUCAAUUCCAGCUCUAUUCAAGUACCCUUCAUGACCAGCUAUGAGGAUCAAUAUAUCAGCGUUUUUGAUGGUUUCAAAGUAUUGGGGCUUCCUUAUGAACAAGACUGGAACCAAAGCAGGGAGAAAAGGCUUUCUUUUUCCAUGUACAUUUUCCUGCCAGAUGCAAAAGACGGCCUGCCAGCACUGGUAGAGAGAGCUGGUUCAGAACCCGGAUUCCUUGACCGCUAUGUUCCAAGUCGAAGAGUUGAUGUUGGAAAGUUCCGAAUUCCAAAAUUUAAAUUUGAGUAUAACAUUGAAGCAUCAGAAGCGUUACAGAGCCUAGGAUUGGUCUCGCUCUUUGGUCCAUCAGGAGGUCUCGGGGAGAUGGUCUCUAAUUCUUCCCCUCUCUUUGUCUCCAAAAUAGUGCAUAAAUCCUUUAUUGAAGUCGAUGAGUAUGGCACUGAAGCUGCUGCUGCGACUGAAGUUGAAUGCAUGAUGGGAUCAAGUUGUGUAUUUGAGGAAAAGGUUCUGACUGACUUUGUUGCAGACCACCCAUUCUUGUUUGUCAUUCGGGAAAACGCUACUGGAAUGGUGGUGUUCAUAGGACAUGUGCUUAAUCCUUCAGAUCAAUCUUGAACUACCACUAGCUAUGCCUUACAAUUAUUUGCCAAUUAGUUAUUUGCUUAGUUGAAUAUCCAGUACCUUGUGUUUAAGAAUUAAGAAUCUGAAGUAUUGACUUUUAUUUUGUAAUUCUAUAUAACUAUUGUCUGUUUGAAUCUCUUAACUUGCAUU